GGUCCCGGGCCCCCAGCCGCGGCCCCCCCAGAGCUGCUCAAGGGAGCCUGGAGGGAACGCGUCCGGAGCUAGUCGGGAGCGCGCGGCCGAGCCCCGGCCCAGGAUGACAGCCAUCCGCGUGCAGACCCAGAAGCUGCUGGCCCAAAGGAGGCCCCGCCGGUCCUUCUCUGAAUCCUCCAUCCGGGCCCUCAUCAUCCUGUCUGCCUCCCUGGCCGUGGUCCUCUCCUCCAUCUCCAUCUGUGAUGGCCGCUGGCUCCUGGCCGAUGACCGCCUCUUUGGGCUGUGGCACCUCUGCACCACCUCUAACCAGACUGAGCUGCACUGCUUCCGAGACCUGAAUCAGGCCCAUGUGCCUGGGCUGGCCUCGGGUAUGGCCAUGGCCCGCAGUGUGGCCACUGUGGCCAUAGUGGUUGCCAUCUUUGGCCUGGAGCUCCUCAUGGUGUCCCAGCUGUGUGAGGACCCCAAAUCUAGGCACAAGUGGGCCAUGGGCUCCACCCUCUUCCUCCUCUCGUUCAUCCUCUCCUUCGGGGGCCUCCUGAGCUUCCUGAUCCUUCUCAGGAACAAGGUCACGUUCAUGGGCCUCACCCUGAUGUUCUGGAGCGAGUUCACGGCCUCCUUCCUCUUGUUCCUGAAUGCCAUCAGCGGCCUCCACAUCAACAGCAUCACCCACAUCCACAGUGUCACGCAUCCCUGGGGGCUGCCUGCAAAAUUUUAGGCCCCUCUCCCAGGAUGUCGAGUUCUGCCAGAAAGUGAGAUCAAGAUGGGACUCUGCAACAUGUGACAUUCAAACUGCUGCCUCUUAGCCUUGGGGUGGUUGGGCCAGUGGUCCAGGGGCCUUUGCAGCUGGUCUGCAGCCCGGAGGCCAAGGGUGGGGUUGCCUCUGAGUCACCAGCUGUACCAGCUUAGCCAUGUUAUUAGGAUGUUGAUUUUACAAGAAAUAUAUUUUAAAACCUUUUCUUGAAUCCAUGCUGGGAUAGGAAUAGACAUGGCAGCAGCUCAGGUAACUGGUGCUCAGGCUGGCUGCACAGCCAAAUACAGUUCACACCUGUUUCAUUGCCUCUGCUGGG